UUAUCUGCUGGAAAAACCGCAAAAAAAUAAGUAUAACACAAUUCGAUUCGUGCAUUCUUUGAUUUUGGAAAUAUCUCGCCACAGACAAAGCAUUUUGCUUAAAUUUAAGCAAUAAAAUAAAGAGAAAAAGUAUUUCUUCCCUUGCGCUUCAAAUAAAAAACCACAAAAAUAGCGGCUCAACACAAGUGGGUGGAUUAUUCCCAAGCCCAAAGUCUUUGCUGUUUCUUUGAGAAUCAAAACACCAUGAACGAAGCAGCAUUAGCUGGAAUGCUACCAUACGAUUCCAUUGGUCUGUAUGAGCAACCUAAACCACGCUUCAUCUUUAAGAUGCCUCGCGUGGUACCGGAUCAAAAGUCCAAAUUCGAAAGUGAUGAACUUUUCCGACGCCUCAGCCGUGAAAGUGAAAUACGCUAUACGGGCUAUCGUGAACGAGCCUUAGAGGAGCGUCAGAUACGUUUUCAAAAUGGUUGCCGUGAGGGGCAUACAGAAAUAUCAUUUGUUGCUUCAGGCACAAAUCUACAACUGGUCUUCAAUGCCACCCAGAAUCCCUAUAUACACGACAAAGAAUGCGACUUCGACAAGGAGCACGGUAAGGUGUACAUCAAAUCGUAUUUCAUAAUGAACGGUGUUUGUGUCCGAUUCCGUGGAUGGUUAGAUUUGGAACGCCUUGAUGGAUCUGGUUGUUUGGAAUUUGACGAACGUCGUGCAAUGCAUGAAGAUGCAAUACUGCGUGAUCAAAUCGAUAGGUACAAUCAACGUUUAAGGGAAUUUGAAGAUUCAAAGAGAGCCUAUAGAGAAAAUCGACCCGAAGAUUUGGAAGCUGUGCGUCGUGGGGUAUCGUCCGGCGGUAUAGGUGUGGGCGCUGCUAGCAUGUGGCGACGUUAG